AUGGAACGUGAGUUUCUGACAGAUCAAAUAUCUAUUCGAAAUAUGGUAUUGAGUGGCAUUGAUGCUAAAACUACAUCACAAAUUAAAAAAAAAGUAAUUAGGAAAAUCAAAGUAGAAGAAAGCAUGCAGAAAAGAGCACGAAUUGAAAAAACUGUAGUGAAUGUGUCUUCAUCUUCACAAAGUAAUUUAUAUAGCAAUAAAGACCCUGAACCUGAACCUCUUGAUUUACCGGGACCUUCCAGCAAAUCUAAUUCUCAAGGACAGACUAGGGUAAAUAUAAAUACUUUUGCCAGAACAUGUGAUAGAUACGGAAUACCAGAUAGAUCCGCCGCCGCUUUAGCUUCUGCGCUUUUACAUGAUGUCGAAAUUAAGGAGCGAGAUAAACUUCUAGACAUACCUUCAAGUAGUAUUGUAAUAGGCAGAAUUAAAGUAAGGCGGGAACGUGCUAAGAUUCGUAGUCAUUUAGAAAAACAAGAUAAUAUCAAUAAAGUAAACCUAAAAGCAUUGUAUUUUGACGGUAGAUUGGAUGAAACUUUAUUCAUGGAAACAACAGCAGAUGGAAAGAUGCACCGCAGGAAACGGCAAGAAGAACACAUCUCAUUGAUUCAAGAACCUCGCUCUAAAUAUAUUGGCCACGUCAAUCCACAAUCUGGCAAAGCUUUAGAUAUUUCCAAUGCUAUUUGGGAAUACAUGUCCGAAAAAGAAAUUAGUUUAUCGGACUUGCGCUGUCUUGGUUGUGAUGGUUGCCCUACUAACACAGGCAAAAAUGGUGGUAUUAUUCGAAAACUUCAAGAAAAACUUAAACGACCAUUACAAUGGGUAAUAUGCCAGCUACAUAGUAAUGAGCUUCCAUUACGACACCUCCUUGAAACAUUAGAUGGAAAAACAUCUGGUCCCCAUGGAUUUGUAGGCCCAAUAGGUAAAAGUUUGGCAGACUGCCACAAACUAGAUCUGGUUAAUUUUGAACCUAUUGAAUGUGAACUUGAUGGUCUACUUACGAACACAAUAACGGAUUUAAGUGCGGACCAACAAUACCUCCUAGACAUUUGUAAAGCUGUUUCUAGCGGUGUGUGCCCAACUGGACUUGGAGGUAGAAGUCCAGGUAAAUUGUCGCAUGCACGAUGGCUGACAACAGCUAACAGAAUUCUACGUUUGUAG